CCAAACACAUAGUUUCAAUUAUCAUCAGUGUACUCAUCUUUUUUGUGAAGACAAAUUUAUUUUCAAACAUCACGUUUUGUAGAAUUGUACAUUAGUACCUUCAUACUAAAACACAUUCAAAAUGGCUACAAAGUUGAUAAUGUUUGCCGCUUUGUUCGGGCACAUGGCCUUUGCUUACCCGCCCAUUGAGUACAAAAGUUACGAUGCUGACCAUCACUACGAUCACGCACCUCAACCAUAUCAUUUCGAGUACGGUGUGAAAGAUCUUCACACGCACGACAUCAAGAGCCAGCACGAGGUGAGCGACGGUCACGGUAACGUCAAAGGAUCGUACCGUCUCGUGGAACCAGACGGUUCCACCCGCGUGGUCGAGUAUACCGCUGACCACGAACACGGUUUCAACGCCGUUGUCAAGAAGAUCGAAGCACCCCAUUACCAUGGCGAGCACUCUGCAGACACCGUGGACGACUACCAGCAACAUCACGAGUCACUUCAUCCGUUCAAACAUUCGUCGCACAACAAGUUUUACUGAAAUCAAAAAAGAAAAAAGAAAAGGGCACCGCGAUUAUGCAGAAAAUUGUGUUACCAAACAGCUAGUCAAGCGGUUGAUGCUACAGAUUAUUUGCUAUGAUAUGCACGUCGUGCACAUUUUUUUUUAUUGAAUAAAACAUUCGCCAUUGCAGUUGUUACUAUAGAA